CAGCCUUUGCGGAGCGCCGCCUUUGGCACGGCCCGCCGAGGCGCGCGGCGCGGCACCGGGACACGGCAGCCGCCAAACAGUGGUCAGGGCUCCACGCCAUCCCCUGAAGCAGAAGAGGGCUGCCCCCCAUCACCUAUCACCCAGGACAAGAGCAGCCAUGAUCCACGCCCACGACGUCGAGGCCGAGCUCUGGCGCUUCGUCGACGACGGGGACCAACCUUCACCAAAUGAUUUGUGGAGGUGCAUCCAGUACACGGCGCGCAAGAAGGCGACGGCGCUGCCCAGUAGCUUCACGCGGGACAGCGAGAUGCAUUUGGUCGAUCAACACAUGAUCGAUACGACGGACCGACAUCUCGUCAAGGCCUUCUGCGAGCAGUUCCGGCCGGGCGCCACGGAGCGAGAUAUGCAGAAACCAUUAUUUUAUCUCACGCCGUUCAUCACUUGUAGCAAGUGCAAUAGCAUACUCUUUAUCGACGCGGCGAACGCGCGGUGCUUCGGGGCGCCCGUGCCCGAAUCCGUGCGGUUGAAGCGGGGCGGCAACGAGACGCUGGCCGUCUGUCCGGGCUGCGCCAUGACGGAAAAUUUGGAAGUGGGUGCUCAUGACUUCAUGGAGGACAUCGAGGACGCGAGUCUCGGCGUCCCGUCGCGUAGAGACGCCUUCACUUCAUUAAUACGACUCGUGUCCAUCAGACGAUUUUGAGGCAGUUCGGACCGAUUUGACGGAAAUGCUCCGCGCAGGCGAGGGAGGCCAUGGCCAAGGAGAUGAAGAAGCGGAAGCGGGCCGCAUCUCUAUUGAUCAUGGUCUACCGGUUUUAUUUGAGGAGGCAGCUAGCUCGCGCAGCUAGAACGAGGCAGAAGUGCCGCUACUACCUGUAUCAUCGGUGCGCGUCUAUUGUCGAGAGUGCGGCGCGUGGCAGACUCGGGAGACGACGAGCAAGGACCUUCGAGAACCUGAGGUACAUUAAGAACAGGCAUCCCAUCAGUCUGAAGAAAGCAUUAGCUCAAAAGUUCGAAGUCGACAAACGGACGGGCGAGUCGAAGCGCCUAAAAAAGGUCUUCUGGUACCAUACGAAAGUCCAGCUCGAUUGCCUGUACCGGGACUACUUCAUCCUGUGUCAACGGACGGGCUUCGUACCUCCCAGAAUUAUCGUCGAGCAAAAUAUUGAAGAGAUUGCUAGGCGUAUUAGGGUACGGGAAGAGUACCUGAUCACGCUCAUCCAAGCGUUGUACCGCGGGAUCAUAUUGAGGAAAUGUUUGGAGAUUUAUAAAUACGAGAUCAUACGAAUACGAGAAAUUCGGGCGCAGUCGUGCUUUCGCAUCGGCACGAUCUGGCGGGGCUACGUCGCGCGGAAGCUGCGCGUGCCGGCGCGCAUAGCUCAGGUAUUACGACGAAAACGCCCAGAACAGUACGCGCGCGAACGGCGGGAGAAGCGCGACCGCAUCCGCGCGAAAGCGGCCCGAUCUAGGUUGAGGCAGCUCUACGAGAAGGAGCGCGCCGAGGAGGCGACAGCUAGAGCGUCCGGUCUCGUGAACCCGAACAAUGCGCCGGGCGGCGGCGGCAAGAAGAUGGCCGCAUUUCUCGACUCAGCCUAUGGCUCCGACGACGUGCGGCGGGGCGGCCGGCAGCUCUUGGAUGGCAUCGCCGAAUAUGAUGCGCGCAUUCAGAGAGAAAAGGAGGAGAAGCAAGCGCGCAAGGACUGGUUACGGAAGGCCGUGGCCGACGAAGCGGAGCGAGGACCGAAAUUUCUACGGGGAAAAAUAGCCAAGGACAACUACAAUGGCACUUAUGACAUCGACUUCGAGGACGGCACGAAGGAGGCGAGUGUUGAUGUGCUGAAGAUCAAGCAGGCCGAGGGCUUUCCGAAGCCGUCGCUAGGCCACAAGUGGAAGGUCGGGAUGGUAUGCCUGGGCCGGUAUUCGCAUAAGCGGGAUCUCUGCGGCCACGACGUGAACGACGCGGGUGCGUAUAAGCGCUACUAUCAUCGCGACGAGAUGUCUGCUAACUCGCAACAGUUAAUUGACAAGUUGACCACUUUUCAAGUGAAGCCGUCGCACGAUUCUCGAUCGUUGCUGAAGAACCAUAAUCAAAGGAUGGAGAAGCGGGGGCGAGGGAUUUCUUUCGACUUUCCUUCCACAUUAUAUGGCGACCCGCGCGCGGCGCUCUACGAGGGCGAGCGGAGUCCCAUCUCGCCGAAGGACUCCGAGGCGCGCGCCGGGGAGUUCACGUAA